AAGAAGGAGGGGAAUGAACAUUUCAAGGAGGGCAAGGUUGAGGCAGCUCUCAAGUGCUACCAACGCGCGCUGAAUGCUGUGAGCUGCGAUCUGUCAAAGGCAGGAAGCGAGAUGAGGCUUUCCUGUCACCUGAACGCGGCUCUGUGCCUUCUCAAACUUGAAAAACCUAAGGGAGCUCUGCAGGAGUGCAACCUUGCCCUGAGGAUCGACGGGAGGGCAACAAAGGCGCUCUUUAGGAGGUCAAAAGCGUAUGUUGGGUUGGGAGAGUACAACAAGGCAAAGGAGGAUGUGGAUCGCCUGCUGGAGCUUGAGCCGCAAGACGAG